AUGUCUGAUGAGCAACCGCAGUUACGACAAGCCGGCGGUAACGGCUUGAAUGCGGCAAUCCCUUUGCCACCGUCGGCUACUAUCGAGACGUCGGACGAACCGCCAAGAACGCUGUGGAUGGGUGAUUUGGACCCGUCGUUCGAUGAGGUUACGAUCCAGGAAAUCUGGCAGCAGCUGGGAAGAAGGGUUUUCGUCAAGUUGAUAAGAGCGAAGAAGAAUCUGCUGAUCCCGUGCAGUUCGACUGCUGCCACGUCGUCAACCAACGCGGAGGCGCCGGCUACUGGCGAGAACGUGGCCCGCGAGGGCAGUCCGACGUCGAACGAAGGCGAGUUGCCCGGCGGUCUGGAGAACGCUCAGAAGAUCAACAUCAACGGUGUCUCUUUCAUCGAUCCCGCUACUACACCGCUACACCAUGCUGGGUACUGCUUUGUGGAGUUUGAGAGCCAGCAGGACGCGCAGUUUGCGCUUUCACUGAAUUCGACUCCGCUUCCUAACUUCUUGUCGAAGUCUACCAACUUGCCGACUAACCCGACCGGCCAGAGGAACUUUAGACUUAACUGGGCGUCAGGCGCUACUUUGCAAAGUUCCAUACCUUCGAGACCGGAGUUUUCCCUGUUCGUGGGCGAUCUGUCGCCAACCGCAACGGAAGCGGAUCUAUUGUCGUUGUUUCAGCAGAAAUUUAGGUCUGUCAAGACGGUGCGUGUGAUGACCGAUCCGAUCACUGGGGCCUCACGUUGUUUUGGAUUCGUCAGAUUUGGUAAUGAAGAGGAACGCCGCAGGGCAUUGGUCGAGAUGAAUGGAGCCUGGUGUCAAGGUAGAUGUCUCAGGGUGGCAUAUGCGACCCCAAGAAAUAACAUGAUGUGGCACGUCCAGGCACAGCAGCAGCAGUCGUCGUCGCUGCAGCAACAACAGGCCACUCCUCUGCUAGUAAAGACUGCCAACAAUAUGAUGACUUCAAACCAAGGUGCUUUGGGCGGCGCCAGUAACCUGUUAUCGAUGCCAAUGAGCCAGAAAAGCUCAAUCCUGCCGAUUUCUUCCGGCGCAGGCUUAAAUGUUGCCGAUUUCUCGAGCUCUCAGGCUUACACUACGGAUCCCAACAACACUACCGUGUUCAUCGGUGGUUUGACACCAAAGAUAAACGAAGCUCAAUUGCAGGCUUUGUUUUCUCCCUUCGGUAGCAUCGUCACGGUCAAGAUUCCACAGGGCAAGAACUGUGGGUUCGUCAAGUACGAAAAUAGGAUCGAUGCAGAGGCAGCGAUCCAAGGUAUGCAAGGGUUCAUAGUGGGCGGCAACCCCAUAAGACUGUCGUGGGGCCGUAGCACCGUUGGAAGUGGGCCUUCGGGCCCUGCAAACGCCAGUAACAAUGGUAACCACCACAACAACAGAAAAAACGAAAAACCUACUGAAUUCCAACAGAUCACGGGUCAUCAGUACAUCAACCAACAGCAUUAUGGCAACGAAUAUCAGUAUAUGCCGAUGAGACAUACCGCUUCCGAAUUAACAAAGGUUGCGCCAGGCUUGGAUAGGAACCAGAACGUCAGCACGCCCUUGAUGAUGCCAUCGCAGCAGUUGUUUACGCAAGUUCGGCAGCAGAUGUGGAACAACGAUACGCAGUGGAACAACGUCCCCGUCGAAGUAUACAGCGAGACACCGGUGCCUAACCAACAAAACAUGAACUCCAUGCUACCACAGCAACAGCAGUAUCAAAGACUGCAGCAAUCUCAGAACCCAAUGAUGACUGUCCCGAACGUCGGCCCGGGGCCAGUUGGCGGCACUUUUAAUAUGAACAUAGCACCAAACGCAGGCGGAAUUUCGCUACCUAAUGCAAGAGGCAACUCUAACGAUGUACCGCCAAUUCAUCCAUCGGUGUUACGCUAA